AUGGCCUCUAAUUACAACCCUGCCAUUACCUUCUCUGCAGUUCUCACGCUGCUCCUCCUUCCCUUGCUAACUGUAGGGGAGCUUGUACAGGAGCAACCACUUGUCCUCAAGUACCACAACGGUCAGCUGCUCAAGGGCCGCAUCACCGUCAAUCUCAUCUGGUACGGCACUUUCACUCCGAUCCAACGCUCUGUCAUCGUCGACUUCAUAAACUCGCUGAGCAGCGCGCCCAACGCGGCGCUUCCUUCCACUGCCACGUGGUGGAAAACCACGGAGAACUACAAGGGGGGAUCCUCUGCGCUGGUCGUAGGGAGCCAGAUUCUCCACCCGGCUUACACGCUCGGGAAAAGCCUCAAGGGGAACCACCUUCUCGCACUCGCCUCGAAGUUUAAUCAACUCAACUCGAUAUCGGUCGUCUUAACGGCUAAAGACGUCGCCGUCGAGGGUUUCUGCAUGAGCCGCUGUGGGACCCAUGGCUCUACCCGAAACGUUCGAAACGCUGCCCGCACCGCUUAUAUAUGGGUUGGAAACUCCGAAACGCAGUGCCCCGGGCAAUGCGCGUGGCCCUUCCACCAGCCGAUUUACGGACCCCAAACGCCACCAUUGGUUGCGCCUAACGGCGACGUCGGGGUUGACGGAAUGAUAAUUAACUUGGCUACCCUUCUUGCUGGGACCGUCACGAACCCUUUCAAUAACGGUUACUUCCAGGGCCCCCCGACGGCGCCGUUGGAGGCUGUUUCGGCUUGCACAGGGGUUUUCGGGAGCGGGUCGUACCCGGGAUAUCCGGGUAAGGUCCUGGUGGAUAAGGUGACGGGGGCGAGCUACAAUGCGCAUGGUGUGAAUGGGAGGAGGUAUCUGGUGCCAGCGAUGUGGGACCCUCAAAGUCUGAUAUGCAAGACUCUCGUGUGAGAGUUCCACGUGGCGUGGGAUGGUGUAGAUAUUGGUGGAUGGGUGCGGAAGCAGGGAAUGGAUAAUGGAUAAUGGAAAAUGGAUAAUGGAGAAUGGAAGAAUGGAUAAUGGAGAAUGGAAGAAUGGAUAACGGAGUGGGAUCGGACGGAGUGUGUUUCUAAAUUCUGAGCCUGCUUUUGUCGUUUAGUGUUACGUGUAAAUUGUGGUACUAAAGACUAUAGAGGAAGUGGAAUGUUGUAUAAAUAGUAAAUUAUGAAUAACGAAGAAUAAGAUUGAAAAAGGGAUAUGAUUAAUGUGAUAUAGAUAUAUUUUAUAUAUGAGAAGUUAGGUUGAUGGGUUUGUUUUGUGUAAUUUUAAGAAAAGGAAUCGAAAGUGGGUUUUCUUUUUUAUGAA